CCACCCUCAUAUACGUUAAUUUAAUUUUUAAAGUGUAGUGUGUUUAAAUUAAUAGAAACAUGUGCGCUUCAUUCCGGAUAGCCGGUUUAUUAGUUAUCUGUGUGGUUGUCGCCUCUGGACAUGUUCACGGGCCUCGGAGAUCACGUCGGAUGGAUAUAGAAGAUUAUGAGCAAAAUGAAAUUGACAGUGGUAGAGCUGAUGAAGGAUCUUGGUGGUCUUCUGCUGAGUUCAACAUUUUACGAAAAGUUUACGAUGAUUGCAGUGCGCAGAAACACUUAACGACGUGCCUUAAAGGAAAAGCCCUAACGGCUCUGACAAGAGCAGUAGAGCAGGACAGCGUUCAGCUUGCUGACGGAUUAACCCUGGUGAAACAAGCCGAUGCGCCGAAUUCUGUAGCCGAGCCUCGCUUCCUCCCUGGAAUGUCGAUGGAGGACAAGCUUGACACCAUGCUACGUAGCCGAUUUGAGCAAUUAUUAAGCACUCACACUGUUUCAAUGGAUCUUGCAUCGGAAGGUAGAGGAAGAGGGAAAAAAGUUCUUCCCUACCUGCUUCUCGGUAUUUUCACAACCGUGAGCAUCGUUGGAGGAAUAGCGUUGAAGACAUUAGCUGCUAUUGCCGGUAAAGCGCUGAUUGCAAGUAAGGUAGCCCUAACGAUCGCCGGUAUCAUCGCCCUAAAAAAGCUGUUCAGCCAUGAUGGCGCUACAGGAGAAACAACUUUCCAAGUUCACGCAGAUGGCCACCAUAGUCUUUAAUUCGAAGGCGAAACCUAUAUGUAGUGAGGCCAGCGAGAUCGGGCGCGAUGGACCCUUACCGAUACUACGCAGAGCAGUCGCAAGCAAGCCCUAGUGCGUAGACGCGCGGUCGCUGAGCGAACUUCGACAUACACCGGCCUCGCUACGACCUUGCGCUGAAAACCAUACAAAAUAACCUCAAACCAAAGUGCCGUCCACCCACGGACAUUCUAUUUAAAGAAACCCGUUGUCCACCUUCAUACUACCUU